AUAGAACAAUAUGACAAUGGAACCAAUUAAGUGGGGAAGUCAUGGGCUCUUACGCAUGCCCUGGAAACAUUCAAGAGGCAGCUGGAUGGCCAUCUGUUACAGAACUUUGCAUCCUGCACUGAGCAGGGCGUUGGAUCUGAUGACCAUAUAGGCCCCUUACAACACUACUUCUUAUGAUUCUGUAAACCAUUCCAGGUGCUAAGGGCGAGGGCAGGUGGGCUGUUUUCAGUGAUAUUCAAGCAGGACACUAAUAAGUCUGAAGAAAAGACUCCACCUUUCCAUUAGUGCUACUGACAGGCCUAUUUGUUCCAAGCAGCACUGUUAGCUAUUAGGAUACUGACUUUGGGUUCUGGCACUAAUGCUCAAAAGGCAUCAUGCAGCUAGUCUAUCUUUUAUUCCCUCGUGGAUCUUUUUCCUAUUAAGAAAAAGAUGGAAGAAAUGGUGACUAGUGGGAGGGGAGAAUACAGCACCAUCUGGACUCCCUAUAAAAUUCCCUGAAUGAAGAAAGUAAUUGCACCUUUCUGAGAAAUGUGCUUUUUUCUUAAGCCAUCUUUGUUUUCAGUGUUGGGGUACUGCUAAUUCUGAUAUUUUGGAUUGGGGAGGAGACUUUUGUAGGGUGGAGUGUGACUUUUGGCAGAGUUGCAAGGUUAGUAUUCAGGAUUAUUUUGGUCCUCCCCCUGCCCCCUGGCCCGGUGCAUUGGAAAGCUUUUGAUGUAGGGAGCUUUUUCUUUUUUCUUUUUGGCAUCCCUUAAUAAACAAUAGCAAUGUUGUCCACAUUGAUCAAAUAGUCACCUCUUACUUUUUUAAGCAGUGUGUUUUAUAUCUUUGGCAUGCAUUGUUGGAUAGAGCCAUUUAGGCUGCAAUCCUCAGAUCCCUCAGAGAGUAUCUCGGGGGCCAUGAGAUGUUUCAGAUCUCCCCCUCUGAGGGCAGAGAGAGAGAGAGAAAGACCACCCCCUCCAAGCUGCUAUGGAAAUAUCCUUUGCUUUUCUGAAGUUGUAGAAGUAAAGUAUGUGUGUGUGUGCUGCAGGGUGUUGGUGGUGACAUUCUGUGCCAGAGACAAAUAUGAGAAGGCUGGAUUCAUAUGAUCCCUAGUGUUCCCAUUGCCCCAGUGUGGAGUGCAUUAGUGUAGUUUAAUCUAAAUGCAACCAGGGUGUGUAUAAUGAAGCCAGCCCUGCAUUGUUCAGAUAGGGACCCAGCUGGCAAACCAUCCUAAGCUUAUAAAAAGGUACUUCUAGACAUCAGUGACAUCUGUGCUUGCACAGGUAACAGCUUGCCUGGUUCUCCAGUCAACUUCUCUGGCUCUUUACAAGGAGCGCAAGCUGAACCAGAACCAGUUGCAGACUUCAUCCAGAUCAGCACUCAUCUCAACCUAUAGAAACUCUGUUGUGUUCAGGCUUUACACAGUGUGCCUUUAAACCCCAUAAUGAGCCUUAAGUUAUAUCUGAUGGCUUUGUUGAGCUCUAGAAGUCUUGCUGUGCUUGCACAGACCAGACAUAUUACAUGAUGCUAAGUUGGCCUACUUAUAUGGCAAAUUAUAGUCAUAAGCCAUGUGGAAAAAGCCACAGUAGGAGAUUUUAUCCUUCAGCUUUUUCUUGUCUUCUUGCUUGGAAGAUGAACAAAUACUGCCAGUGCAGGAUCAAACAUUCCACCUGAAGUUGCACUGUACACACCAACUAUGACAGAAGCCAGACAGUUGUUAAGGUAUAAUCUCUACGCCCACACCCGGCUGGGCUACCUGUUCUACAAGCGUCAGGUGAGGAAAGCACGGGAGCGAUAUCCCCAAGGACACUCCAUUCCCCAGCCUGUGGAGUUCACUGGAGUGAAGAUUUUGCCCAUCCCUGUCCUGUCAAAUAACUACAGCUACCUCAUUAUAGAUACCAGCUCAAACUGUGCCGCGGCUGUGGACCCCUCUGACCCUCUGGCUGUGCAGUCAGCCAUUGAGAAAGAGGGGGUGACCCUGGAAGCCAUCCUGUGCACUCACAAGCACUGGGAUCACAGCGGGGGUAAUGCAGCCCUGAGGCGGCAGCACAGCUCCUGCAGAGUGUAUGGCAGCAGCCAUGAUGACAUCCCUGAACUGACAGAUCCCCUCUCAGACAAGGAGACCAUUGCAGUCGGAUGCUUGACCUUCAAGGCCCUCUUCACGCCUGGACACACAGUGGGGCACAUGGUUUAUGUGCUGGAUGGGAAGCCUUUUGAAGGGCCAGCCUCGCUUUUCUCAGGAGACCUCCUCUUCCUUUCUGGCUGUGGUCGUAUAUUUGAAGGGACACCAGAAACCAUGCUGGCCUCGCUAGACAUGACAGCAGACCUUCCUGAAGAUACACUGCUUUGGCCAGGGCACGAAUAUGCUUUAGAGUGCCUAAUGUUUGCAAGCCUUCUGGAGCAGAGUAACCCUUUCCUGGAGGAGAAGCUACAGCGGGUGAACCAACAGCGAGCUGAGAAGAGAAGCACGUGUCCUUCCACCAUUGGUGAAGAGAAACAGUACAAUCCUUUCCUGCGGACCCACUGCCAGGCAGUGCAAGAAGCCGUGGGCCUACAACGGCAAAGGGACGAGAACUGGGACAUCUUUCGGGCCCGGGUCCUGAAGGAGGUGCGACUGCGGAAGGACGCCUACAAAGCAAACUUGUAGCCUGGGUGGUGUGCUGCUGGAGCAGGAUGUACUUCUGUGCAGGGGGCUAAGCAGAGCCUCCUCGAGGAGGAGUGUGGUCCCCAAAUGGGCUCUGCCCCCCUGAGGAGAGAUCUCCUGGGGUACCGAUCUUUCCCAUCACAUGGGGUGAAUGGUGGAAUGAAGGGCCAGGCUCUUUGCUGGAGCCCAUCUUCUCCCUUCCGGAAAACCUGUUGUUGUUAUUGCUGCUUACCCAUGCAACAGGAAGGGCAGGGCCUGCAGCCUUUGAGUAAAGGAGUUAUGGAUUUUCUUGCAUUGGUUAGUGGCUGCUUUGAGCCCUUCUGUUUUGCAGCCCACUGCUCUGUAGGGAAGAGGGAGAGAGCAGCAGAGGGCAAUGCUCAGAAGAGAUGCUGAAAUACGCAUCAUCAUUUUCAGAACAUGUAUUUUAUUUUGGGUAUGCCUGCCUAUUCUGAGCUCAUGGGGAAUCUCCUGGAUCCUCUUACAUUAUAAGCACAAUUGCAAUACUUUAUCCAGUUGUCCAAUUAACUGGUGCACAUUUGUCAGAACAGAAGUCCUGUUUGGUCUUCCAGCAUAUCUAAAGGAGCCAUUGCCUUCCAUCUUCCUGCACCCCAAUACUUCCUCUUGGACAGCUGAGCAUCUUUCAAGACCACCUACAUCAAAGGAGAAUGAUAUCCUCUGGCACUACAUUUUAAGUAAUGCUCCUCUUUUGACGCCUGUUAACACUGCUUUCUUUUAAGAACUCUGCAAUUGAGCUAAUUGGUGUAUUCCUAGCAGUGAAGCCAAGUAUGGAUUUGUGGCCCUGAUCCCAAAAGCCAGUUUUCCAAUUCUGUGGGUCUUCCAUCAGGCACUUUCCCAGCUGCCCAUCGAAGCACAAAUUCUUUUGGGAAUGCAUCAAGGCCAGAUCGAGAAUGCCUCUCCUUCCCACAGAAGCAGGGGGAUGGAGCUCAGGGAGGCAUGCUUCCUCCUGCCUCUGCAAACAUCUCGCCCGAGAAGGGACCCAUGGUUUCCUUUCAGUGCUGUCACAUGCACAUCGCUUGCUGGAGAGGUCGUAAAUCAACACUGUGAGGGUGUUUUAACGGAAGCUUUAUCCACCAUAGUGUGACCAUAUGGUUGGUGCUUGCAUAAUGUAUACAAGUUUGGUUCCUAUUACCCUCUAGCGUCUGUUAAUUGAGAAGCACAGCACAGGGCCAAUUUCAGCAGAGGCUGAAAAAGCAACCUUUUACGUCAUCUGAGAGUUUGGAAAAUGCAAUGGGAAAAAGCACUAUACAGUUUUAUUGCUCUGCAUCUGUUUUUUAUUUUGAUUGUGUAUUUUUGGCAUAAUUUACAUUUCUGAGUAUCCUCCAUCUUUGACACUGUAAGUGUCCGAUUUUACUAAGACUUAUAACACUUUUAAGAUAUAUUUCCUGUAAAAUAAGAAUAGGUUUGCUGUUUGAAUUUGCACUUUCCAUUCUGUCAAAAACAGGCUUUGUGGCAUAAGAAAACAAAACUGAAAAUGAAGGCUUCUGAUGCUGCUUAUACUUUGUUAAAAAUGAAGUAGUUGGGAAAUUGUUUGCUUUUUUGGAAAUCCUCUCUAAGUUCAGUCAUCACAUUAAACAAUACCCUCUUUGUGAUCUGAAAUGGGCACACCUACACCAGCUUAGCUCUGCAGGAAGCAAGAUAAAGUGGGAGGGGCUGAAGUCCAGCCACUGAGUCCAUGGCUUUUGGAACUGAAUCCAUGCCACUUACAAAGAACUAAGGCACUUUGCUUCUCAGUAAAUGUGCAUAGGGUUCUAUUAUUAAAACAUCAAAGCUGAAUGUUGGUGGGAGAAACUGGUGCCAGCAGAAGGUCAAGCAUAGCAACAGGCCCUGCUUGACGCCUUCUGUCUCAUUGCAAUAUGAAAUGGAAAUCAAGAUUCUAGAGAUCUUUGAUGAGGUGCCCAAUUGCCCCUAGUGCAAACAAUAAGCACAGGAUUGCUCUGUCUUUGCCCUGUGCUUGGCCAUAGUAGAGCAAAAGUGGACUGCCUUUUUUCAACCUGAGAAUCAGAUUGCUACCCAGGGGCAUCCCUGGGGUCACAGGCCAGCAGUGAAAGAAUAGGUGGGGUAUCUCACUCAUGCCACCACCUUUCAUUCACGUGCAUAUCCUUCCCAUCCUGUGGGUCACCUAGGAGGUGGUGGUAAGGAUUUCUUAGCUCCUUUUCUUAGUGGCGACUACGAAAAAGCUCUUAUCUUUGUCCAGCUACUCUUCAGAGAUAAGAGCAUGCCCUCUGUGGAAAAGGAGCAAGGCCGCCUUCACUAGAAAGACGUUAGUGAGGCCAAACCGGGAACCCCACGUUUGUGUGCCUGCUGUAGGAGCUACUGCCACUGCCUUAGUGUCAUCUGUUGGUGAACUGGGCUUACAGCCAAAGCAUGUGCAUGUUUACUCAAAUUUAAGAGCCAUAGAGUUCAAGAGUGCCUCCUCCCAUGUUCUAGGACUGCAGCCUUGAUUUGCUGUUAGAACUCUUUUUGGAAGAAGAUGCUAACGAGCACCACAAAGUCAUUUUUCUAGAAGGGGAGAAACAGAAACCUGCUUUAGUGUGUGUGGAUCUUCUUGCUUUUACAAGUGUGGGUUGAUAAACUAGCUCACCCUACCUUAUGCAUGCCGGAAGGCCUGUGAAUUUGGCUUUAACAUCAUUUGAUCUGUUCUCUUAGCAGUUGACGUGGCCAAAGUUGCUUUUCCUCUCUCAGGUCCACCCAAAGCCUCUGCUGCCUUGGCCAUAGCAUGGAACCCUAUUUAAGGGAUCAUUUAAUGCUUCUAUACCAAUUUUUCUGAAGGUUUCCAGAAAUGGAAAGGAAACAUGACAUAGAAUGGAUCUAGAGGUUUCUCCCCCUCCCCUCUUUCUCUUUCUCUUUUACAGCCUCUAGGGGAGGUAGAUAUCCAAAUGUUUUAGAUUUCAACUUUCAGUAUAGUCAGAAGUCAGGAAUGCUGAAGUCCAAAAUAUCUGGAGAUCUAUUUUCUGCUUAGGACAGAGUUCAAGAGCAACAUGAAAGAAAAAUGUUCUCCCAGUGCUUUUUCAUACAGCUUUGAACAAGUUAAUGGACUUCUUGUGAAUUUCUGUUUGGUUUCUUUAGACAUGCUCCUGGUAUGCAUUUUCAGCAUACCAGGAGCAAUCUAGCUGUGUGUACUGGGGGUAGGGAAUCAGUGUUGUAGAUGACAAACCCUGACCCAUGCUGGUUGGGGUUGAUGGGAGCUAUAGUCCAAAACAGUAAGAGGACACCAUGUUGCCUGCCCCAGAGAUAGGCAAAUUUGGGAUUUGGUAUGCUUUACCUGGGUUUUCUUGAAAUUAGUUAACUGUGAGCCACUCAGGACACUUUAGGCAGGCAGGGAAUGGGGGUGAUUGUGUUUUGUUAUGUGCUGAAAGGAAGACAGUGUGUUUGAGCACCUAAUUUAUGGGUUAGGGCUUAAAUUUUUGUGGUGCACACUGUGGAUUUUGUUUGGAUUUUAAACUCCCAAUAAAUUGAUCGUGGGUGUUUUCCUUGAAUUUUAAA